AUGGAGACACCGCACACCGAGCAUCUCCUCUCGGCCGAUUACGAGCACGUCUACGAGCCGGCGGAGGAUUCUUUUUUGUUGCUUGACGCUCUGGAGUCGGAUCUUAAGUUCCUGGACAAGCUGCAGCCACGUCUAUGCGUUGAGAUUGGCUCUGGCAGCGGCAUAAUCAUCACAGCGCUGGCCAAACGCUUCGCCCACACCUCAGUCUGCCUGGCCACGGACAUCAAUCCACGCGCCUGCGAUGCCACGAAACGCACGGCGGACCGCAACGGCGCCCGCUUGGACAGCGUACGCUGUAAUUUGGCGGCUGCACUGCGUCGGCGCUGCGUGGACUUGCUGCUCUUUAAUCCGCCAUAUGUGGUAACCAGCGAUGAGGAGCUGCACUGCCAAACACUGACGUCCGACCAGGCGGGGGAUCCCGCAACGCAGCGCAAUCUUGUCUAUUCGUGGGCAGGGGGCAGAAAUGGGCGGCGAGUGACCGACAUUUUACUGGAGCAAUUAGAUGACAUACUCUCGCCCAGCGGCGUUCUCUAUUUGCUGCUGCUGCGCGAGAACAAACCAGACGAAAUAAUGAAGCAAUUAGCUAGUCUAAAGUUUAAGGCUGUCAAAUACAUGGAACGACGCAUUCCCGGCGAAUAUCUGUAUAUACUUAAAGUGACCCGAAACCCAGAUUGAGUUGCUUGUCUAUUAAAGUGCAAUCCCUAUGAUACAUA